AUGAACUCAAAUCUACCCUACAAACCGUCUCCUUUAUCAUUUAAUUCUCCCCGAGCAUCGCCGUUCCGCCGACCAUCUUCACCCGGCUCACCCACAACAGCAAUCCGCGCCAACACACCAGCCAGCUCGCCUGGCCGAGGCCAUACACCAGUUACAUCACCAAGCAAAUUAAAUCAAACAUACACCGUGGGUGAAAGCGAGGAAGCCGUUACAGAAGACGAGCAACCAGUGGUCUCCACACCAAAGUCUCCCCGAUGGAGAGAACCGCCUGUGUCGCCUACCAAAGGCGCACCGGGCAGGAAUAGCGUCUCGUCGCCAAUGAGCGCUCGAUCGGUCCGUACAAAUGUUGUGGGUAGUGAUACGUUGUCAAAGUUGCCUGCUUCUCAAGUGAGGGAUAUGCGGGAGGCGUUUCAGGUGCUUGAUCGCGAUAAUGAUGGUAGCGUCAAUCGGGAUGAUGUUGCCGACGUGCUGUCGAAUUUAGGCCAGGAUCCAUCCUCAAGUGCAACCGCUCAAUACUUUCCAGCCGGAGCAACGCAGACCAUGAACCUACCAACCUUUCUCGGUACCCUGUCUAAUCUACUAGCCCCUCUAUCCUCUCAAAAAGAGCUCCUCAACGCAUUUGCCGCUUUUGAUGACGAUGAUAGUGGACAGGUAGACGUGGCCGAGCUUCGGGACGCUCUUUUGCAUACAAACCCGGAUAUCGGCGAAAGUCCCCUGACAGAAAGAGAGGUCGACGAAGUCCUGAAUGGGUUUACGGGACGGAGAGCGUUUGGUGGUAGAGGGAAGCAAGCAGCUUUUGGCGGUCAAAAAAGAGGCGACGUAUUUUACUACCAGGACUUUGUGGGCGGUAUUAUGGGCAGUUCGGAUAAUGGGAAUGGGUCGAAUAGUGCUGCCAAAUCUCCGCCGGCUACCUGA